GUGGGACGACACGCGAACAACAAAUACUAGUUUUUAACCGUAAACCGUAAAGUAAACGUUGCUCGUUGUAUUACCUACACGCCGAAUUAACGAGGAGUAAUACUACGCAGGAGCUGUAACAUGUAGUUGGUUACGGUACAUUUAGUGCUACGAAAGCAACGGCACAAUGAAGACUUUACGUUGUUCGAUGGAAGUUCGGCGCUAGCAGCAUAUGUCGUGAGGUGAAUGUCAAACAGCUCUAGGAUGCUGCAGUCCUCGUCCCUGCUGACCUGCUGUUCACUGGUGGGCAUCUGAUUUACCAAACAUGAUGAAGACGGAACCCCCGACGGCCACGGGGGGCAACGGGACCUCCGCUGGCAGCAGCAGCAGCGGGGGGAGCGGGAGCUCAACCCUGCGGAGUCCCUCGCCCCACCGCAACGCCUACGAGGCAGGGCUGGCAGCGCUCAAGAAGGCCACCGACCACCUCAACAAUGCCGCGAACGGAGGCGGCGGCCCCGCCUCCAAACCCGCUCCUCUGCCCCGCCCGACCGGGAGGGGGCGGAAAUACGGCUCAAAUGUUCACCGCAUCAAGAACAUGUUCAUGCAGAUGCAGUCUCCUGGCGACGAAGAGGACGGAGCCGAUAUGAUUGGUGUAGUAGAGCAGGCGGUGAAACUGUCCCUACCGAGGGCGUCCAGCCUUAACGAGAACGUCGACCACAGUGCCCUGCUCAAGCUGGGGGCCACGGUCUCAGAGAGGGUCAACCGCUUUGACUCUAAACCAGGCGGAGAGGGUGGGGGCUUCUCCAAACUCCAGGAGACCAGGAGAAUCUUCGAGCAGCGGACUCAACAGGAGAAGCAAGCCGCCACUAACCGGAUCUUGCUGAAGAAAGAGCGGGCAUCGGGCUUCCAGGACAGCCGUCUAGAUGUCGUGGCUCGCUUUAACGGCUCCACUGAGGCUUUGGACCGUCUGGACGACCCCCCAGCUCCCGCUCCUCUUCCGGCUCCUGUCCCUACUCCGGCUCCCGCUCCUCUUCCGGCUCCCGCGACUCUUACCGCUGCCGCAGCUUCAGUCGGGCCCGGUGACGCCGUCAGCCCCACCGUGAGCCAGCUCAGUGCCGUGUUCGAGAAGACCGAACCGCAAAACAAUCUCCACCUCCCCCAACGUCGGUCAGGCCCUGCCCUAGCACCAAAGCCCAAACCUCCAGCCAGAACAGAGGCUACCGGAAGGAAGGGGAAGGUGCUCCCUCCAGGUAAGAAGGACCGCGAGGAGAUGGCAGCAAGCGGUGUGAGCACCCAGGAAGCAGAACAACCAGAAGAGACUCUAGAGAGGAGCAUAGGAGAAGCUAUGGCCAGCGAGGAGCAGGAAGGGUUCGGACAGUCAGGAGACCAGCUCCCCAAUUCCUCCUACUCCUCAUCGUCCUCCUCUUCUUCGAACGUCAAGCCAGAGUCGGAGGCCCAGCCAACAGCGACUAAAGCCAGGGGCUCAAGUACGGUGCCUGCCCAAGAGCAAGAGCCGCAGGCUGAUGAGCAAGACGGCUCCACCGGGGGUUCUGAGGCCGGAGCCCGGCUGGUGCAGGCAGACGUCCAUGCCUCGCUGGAAAAUGGUGAAAAAGAGCGUCCAGGUUCCUCUCCCUCCUCGGAGGAGGAUGAGAGAGGAGGGGACUCUGAGAAGAGGGAAGAGGAGGAGGAUAAUGAUGAGGAUGGCUCGAGGAAGGAGGAUUACUCGGAGGGCGACCUGGUGGAUAUCAGCGCGUACAGCGGGCAUGGGGAGGAGGACUCUGGGGGCAGCCAGCUAGACGACGACGACGACGAGGAGGAUGAGGAAGAUGAGGAACCAUAUCAGCCGGAGACCAGCUGCUCCGAGAUCGCGGGUCUACCUGAGGAAGAGGAACCCGCGCCACCAAAUAGGAAGAUCCAAUUCAGCACUGGGCCAAUCAAGGUGUUCACCACCUACUCCAACGAAGACUACGAUCGGCGUAACGACGACGUUGACCCCAUGGCGGCCUCAGCCGAGUACGAGCUGGAGAAACGAGUGGAGAAGCUGGACCUGUUUCCUGUAGAGCUGGAGAAAGACGGCGAGGGUCUGGGUAUCAGUAUCAUAGGUAUGGGUGCAGGAGCUGAUAUGGGUCUGGAGAAACUGGGGAUCUUUGUGAAGACGGUCACCGACGGAGGAGCUGCACAGAAAGACGGCAGGAUCGAGGUGAACGACCUCAUAGUGGAGGUUGAUGGGACCAGCCUGGUCGGCGUCACUCAGAGCCUCGCGGCCUCCGUCCUCCGCAACACCACCGGCACCGUCAGGUUCAUGAUUGGUCGGGAGAAGCCGGGCGAGCAGAGCGAGGUGGCUCAGCUUAUCCAGCAGACUCUGGAGCAAGAGAAGUGGCAGCGGGAGAUGAUGGAGCAGAGAUACAAACAGUACAUGGACGACGACGAGGAGACGGGUGAAUACGCGACGGACGAGGAGGAGGAGAUGAGUCCGGUGUUUCCGAACUCCAUUGAGGUUUUCGACCUGGCCGAGAACCAGGACACGCUGUCUCCUGUGGAGCUGGACCCCGAGAAGCUAGCCCACAAAUUCAAGGAGCUCCAGAUCAAACAUGCAGUAACCCAGGCGGAGAUCCAGCUGCUGAAGAGGAAGCUGGCUCAUUCGGAGCAGGAUAAGUUGCGUUGGCGGAUGGAGCGCGCUCAGUUGGAGCAAAACAUCCGGGACAGUAAAGAGAGGAUGGAGAAACUGGAGGGCUACUGGAUGGAGGCACAGUCGCUGUGUAAGGCGGUGGACGAACACCUGAAGGAAACGCAGGCUCAGUACCAAACCCUAGAGAGGAAAUACAGCAAAGCCAAGAGACUGAUUAAAGAGUACCAGCAGAAGGAGAUCGAGUACCUGAAGAAGGAGACGGCUCAGCGUCGGGCACAAGAAGAGACCGAGGCAACACACAAAGAGGAGGCGGACAACUUGCAGGAAAAGAUCAGCAACUUGGAGACCAAAGUGGAUGCCCUGAAGACCCCCAGCCCCUCCUAGACUGCUGCUACGUCCUCCCUCCCGUCUGUGACCGGAAGAGGAGGAGCUCUGCCUUCAUUCUGACCCGGGCUGUCAUAUUAUUCCAAUCAACCAUUUGCUGCACGGACAGGUAGCGGGGUGGUGUGUGGGGGUGGGGUGGGGGACUAACAGGGAUGACGCUUGUAAAAGAGAGGACGAGGAGGGAAGAAGCAACCUCUCAUCUGACAUCUGCCGGCGGCUCAGCGCUCCCGUCAGCCAAUCCCUGAACGCUCCCUCUGUGAUACCCAGAAUCCUCCUCGUGUGUCUUCCCCGGCAACCCCCGGCUCGGCAAUCAACGCGGGAAACCACAUUCAACGUAUUGGACAAUCCGCUUCUCCUCUCUUCAAGUAAAACCACCGGAUUCAAAAUUCAUUUUACAAAAGCGCUUUUAUUGAACAGGCUCGUCACAAAGUGCUUUUAUAGUGACACGGGGCACACGCGCAGAACGCAACGCAACAAGAACGGACAGAGGUCAUUGUUGCUGUGCUACUGAAGAUCUAGUUCGGUUUCGGCAACUGAACGGUUGCCGAAACCGUUCCCUUUUCAUGUUUUUUGUGGGGGACCGGACUGGAUUCUCACGAGGAGGACAAACGUGUUUUCUGUCGCGUGGCAUUGAUCACACCAGUCCAAAAAACGAACACGGAGAAAUGGCCACUUUUAAAAGACAGACUCUGAAGUGGAGCCUCGGCAGUAACACGCAACAACAACAACUUUGAAAGGAAAUAGCCACCACCUGCUGAUAGUUAAGUAAUAAAAACUACAAAAAAAGAUGGCCGACAAAUCUCUGAUUAGUGACAAAAACUGCCCGCCCUGGCCUUCUCUUUUCUAGCUCUGCACGCCGUGGAAAGGAAUCCGGUAGAGGCGUGCUCUUCAGGUCUGACAUGUGGUGGCAAAAGUGUUUGUAUAUAUUCUAUACAUGUAUUUAAAAGUGUUUAAAAUGGCUUAAAGCAAUGAAGAAAACGAGAGUACGGCGGUGCGAUGAGCCAAAACGACGAGGAAACGGUUCAGUCCGAUUCAUCUCUUUUUCUAUCAACAUCGAUGGCAAACAGGGUGUGAAUAGUCCAACGUGUGCUUCUAGAGCUUCUAAUGGUGUUUACUACAGUAUCUGUGGGUUUACAUGCACACCAAUAUUCUGUUCACGAAUAUGCUAUUUUGAAUAUAUUGGUGUUGUGAGGCUGUUUUGCGUACAGCUUCCAGUUGCACUCACCUCAUAGCUUCAUGAGAAACUGAAUAUUCAGUUCACGGCGGCUAUGAACAGCAGGAUCUCCUGAGGUGCACUUUAUCCGUUGUUGAAACAUUUCCUGGAGGCGAAACUGCUCUACAAAUAAUCUCUUCAGUUGAGGUAAACACGAGUGGGUGUAGCCAGAGUGCCAAAACCUUCCGAGCGAUACCGGACUUUGAGAGGAUAUUAGAGAGUUAAAAAAAAUCUGUUCACAAUAGAUCAGACAGUAUUUUAUACAUAUAUAACUAAACAAACAAGGAUGCUUAAAUUUGCUUAUUGACGAAUAUGUAAGACAUGUACUGAACAUUUAACAGUAGAAGUUCGUGCUCACUUAUGGACAAACUAUUUAACAGUAACUCUGUUUCCAAAUGACCUCAAACAUAUUUUUGGCCUUUCUGAACCAUCUUGUCUUCAGUUCAAAUGAACCAAUAAUAUUGGCUAUUACGGAAGCAAAGAAAGGCCAUAAUGAUUCAAUUUUAUUUUUUAAAGCAAUUGAAAUUUAAAUACUACUGAAUUUAUAGCAGUUUCUUGUUUUACUUAAAAAUCCAUCUGUCUGACUCCAUGUGGUCUCAAUUCUCUCCAAGUAUUACAAUUAUUAAAAAAAAAAAAAACAAAGAAAGAGUUUGGGUUUACGAAUUCCCAAAACAAUCCCAGUGUUUCCCGUCCUUAUCUGAACGUUCCUGUCUGGGAUCAUGUGAUUGACAGGAUGUAACCUGAUAGGCCAGAGGUCUGAUGGAUUCAUUUAGGCUCCACUGAUUUUUCAUCUGGAUGUAACCAACUUUAUAUAACAAGAUUUUUUUUAAACUAAAUUUUAUUUGAGUUUUGAGAAUAUUUGAUGCAGGCCAGACAGAUGGUUUUAUAUUUUUAUAUAAUAUUUCAGUGCUACACAUUCAGUGGUAUUUAGAUUUCAAAACGAUCUUUUCAGCUGCUUAUGAAAUUCAUAAUAAUUAUGUGCUUUCUUUGCUUCCAUAUCAGCCAGUAUCAGUCAGGCUGUAAGCGCUAGUUAUCUAAGUUAGCUACUCAGUCUUUCUGAUUUCUUAAAUCCUGUAACUUUCCAUAUAUGCUGAUGUAGCCUACUACGUCGUUGCCAUUUGUAUUUUUUAUUGAUGUUUUGAUCAGUAUCGGUCUUUUCUAAUCAGCUUAUUAAGCCUUGUUAUGCAAACUUAUGAUGGUUUCGCCUCCAAGAAAUGUUUGUUGAACUAGAUCUUCAGUGUUUUUCAGAAACCUGUGUGCAUGUAAACACACUCCACAUCUCUUAUAUUACGCAAAGAGUAGAGGGUCCCAGUGCCAGUAUUAUGAAUUAACUUAGUGAUAUAUGCCUGACAUAGUCCAAAUAUGUGUUGCUGUGGUCGCUAAAGGUCAGACCAUUCUUUCCGGAACCCAAGGACCACUGGAGGUUCAGGUUCAGCUGCAUAACAAUUUGUUUAUUGAUUUUUUUUUUUUUUUCCCCAAACAAAUCAAAUAAGUUGCAAAAAGUCGAAGACACAGAGGAACGGUAUUGCUUGUCAAUUUCUUUUCUUUGGGUCGCAAAAUGUAUUCCAGCAGAGAUGGGUUUUCAAAUUAGCUAAUGCUGAAUUGUCUUAAUUUGUCUGUGGAAAUAGCAAAUUAAGACAUUUAUUAAGUCUCUGUUUAUCCAAUGUGAUUAUAUAUUUAACUUUUCUAAUUUGACUACUAGCCAGUAGUUGGUGAUGACUUUUUUGCUAUUCCAAAUAUGAGGCUCAUAUUUGCAUGUGGAUGGCAAAAUGGUAAGACAGUGUUUUAAACGGACAAAUGGCGCAUUUUGCUGCUCGUUCACCGUGGUGAUUAUUAUGAGUUUGUGUACGUCUUCAUCGAGAUAAUACAGCUUGCUGGCAAGCUCUGAUUAGGUUGCAUUGAUUGAAAACACUGAAUCCGAUAACGAUUAGGCUAUUUAGGUUCUCGUCAAUAAUGAAUGCAAACCAAAUUGUUUUUCAUGGUUUCUAGAGAAUGAAGUUAGGAUGAAUUAUUUUCCUCUGGCACCAUCUUCUGGUCAAACUUUCAAUUUGUCAAGUACUUUGGUUUACAAGCAAAACAUUCCUAUCAACAUUGUAUUUAGUGCAGAUUAGCAAACGUUAGCAUGCUAACACACACUAAACCAAGGUAAAUGUUACACCUGCUAAACAUCGGCAUGUUAACAUUGUUACUGUGAGCAUGUUAGCACGUUGACAUUAGCGUUGAGCCUCAAAGCACCGCCUCGAUAGAGCCAAUAGUGUGGCUGUAGACUCUGUAGUCUUGCUGAUAUUAUAAAAUAUUAAAAGAAAUAUUUUGUUUGUUUGUCAUCCUGAAAACACAGAAAAAUGUUCACAAAUAUCCCCCCACACAUUUGUGAAAGUUUUACUGUUCGUCACGAAAAAAAAUUCAAUACUAAUGUUGCACUUCCAAAUUGUUAAUGGUUGUUCACAGAAGCCCGUCACACUGACAGUUUUGUGUUGUACAGACAUGCCUUUUGAAGUGAGGUAUUUGCUCUGAAGACUUGUUUUGUGCUUACCAGUUACCGGUCCCUGUUUACUAGCGUCUGAAUCUGUACCAGCUCCCGACGUUCACCUCUGACCUCCAGGAAAUAAUCAGUGUUAGAUUUUCAGUGACACGUGGGAGCAAAUAAGCUCGUGUAGUGCUCGACUGAUGACCUGUUGGGGAAUUAUUUAGUUGCAAACAGGAACAUGAGAAACGUCAACCAACUGACAAAGGUCAUUUUUCUGUUUGUAAAGUUGUGUUGUGAGUCCUGUUGGGAUGAUGCAUUUUUUGUAGUCCAACCAGGAAGUUAGCAUCGCACUGGUUCCCUCCACAGACAGCCAAUGGGAAUCUUUCGUUACAUUUUGGAUAUUGCAGAAAACAUGUUUAUGAUCUUGCACAGUCUGUUCAGCAAGAUAAUCUUCACAAAUCAACACCACUUUUAUGGUUUUUGAAGCGUGAAUGCAAUCGGCAGAAGAGAUAAGCUAACGCUAGGCUAUAAACGAACUACACGUCUUAUUUAGUCACUUGUCGGCAACCAAAUUUUUUAACACGUAAAAGCCUCAGAAUUCACAAAAUAGUGGUUUACUGACGUAUUUUACAUCUUAGAAGAAAACGUUAUAAUCUCUUCAAUUUGUGUUUGCCACAAAACAACAAACACCAUUUUUUUUUUUAAAACACUGAUUUAGAGACAGGGAACCAGGAAGUGCAAAAACGCUGACUCAUUUCCUGGUUUUAGGACCUGGACUCAUAAAACACCCACAACAGUCUGAAUGAUGUACUGAUAUCAUGAUACAAGUAUGUUUGAGUUAGACAAGGGGGAGCGAGUAGUACAAAGGUUGAUGUUUUCCUUUAAAACACCAAGUAUUAGUCCAACACAUGCAGUAUAUUUACAAUGUAGUCCUGUGGGACGGGAAGCAAAGGGGCUUCGAGAGCAUUUUUUUUUAAAUUUUUUUUUUUUAGAGGAAUCAAAAUCAGCCAUAAGCAACUCACUUUGGGUAUUUUUCACUUCUGAAGUAUUUUUUAUUACAGUCUCAUCUCUUAUGUCCAACCAAAUGUGAGCUGUGCAGUUGCUGUUUUAUCACCAAGUCAGAUCACUUUAUUUUGAAAAAUCUGAACACAGGAAGCCCUCACCUUGCCUUGUUAUGACUCGUUCUCAUUAGUUAACGUGCUGCUUUUGCCUUCACGAAGCCUUUCCGACCUGCGCUAGCUGUAGCAGACUGUCACAGUGGUUACCCACCACGUCCGUCCGUCACUCGUGCCCCGUGUUGAAAACAACAACAAAAAAAGUGUUUAAAGAGCGUUUGCCAGUGAGCACGGUAAAAGACUAACCGCCAUGUUGGACAGACCGAUUGUAGCACCACAGCAUUUAAAUAUCGUUACAGAUCCACGCCUUCCUCCACGUUCUUUCUUUCCACUGCUACACGUUUCCCCACCGGUGGCCUCCGAGCAGCUCUGCGCGGAGGUGAGAGGGUUUAGUGCCUUGCUUAAGGGUUAAGGAGUUGAGAGUGGGGAGCGCACGCCUACCCCUGACCAAAGCUCGAUGCUUGUCAGACCUCAGUGCAUUUUGGCAAGUAACGCCAAAAUGCCAACGGACCGUUGUACUUUUCUCGCACUUCUAAGUUUGACCUCGACAACUGGCACGUUCGGUCCCGUAACCAUCAGCAAACAGUCUUUAAACACUUCACCUGUUCGUAGUGUAAGCUUGUGCUGGCGGGAUGUUUAAGAAACUGGGGAGGGGAAAAAAGGUUUAAAAAUGCAAAACAAAAGCACUACAAGCUCGUUUUUGUGUGAAUUUUCCAUCCGCUUUAGUUCCGUUGCACUCCAGCACCCCGAAACUUUUCAGCUUAACUUCAAAUACAUUGACGACAUUAGAGAGGUUUGUUCGACGAAUGAGCGCGGUCGGCGUGGGCGGGGCAAUCUGACGCCGCGCGACUCUAACCUCUUGAGUGGGUCUCGGGUCCGAAAACAAGAUUUCCUUCUCCAUGAUGCCGCCAUGUGUGUCCGAAACAAUACCUGUCUGUCAGCAUUAAAUACAAUAAACAAGAAACAAGUUGGUUUAAAUCAGCAACGUUCUGCUCUUA